UUUCAAGUUUUUAAAGAUCUCCGUUUUUGUAAUUCAUUUGAUUGUUUUGCUACAAUUGGACUAGUCAUUACUACCAAAUCUUUUAUGUAUUGGUUUUUUGCGGGUUAUGUAUCAUGAGAUCUGCUGUUUGGUUGCACUGGCUAGGAAAUUGCAGCUGUGAUUAGUUGAUUGCAUUUGUCGUUGUGAUUCGUGCUGAUCGUGAAUAUUUCGCCGAGUUGUGAUCCGUCCCCAAAACUCCCAACCCUCACCACCAUGCAUCGUCGCGCGGGAAUCGGGGCGAUCGACAAGAAGAAGAUGCAGGAGGCCCGCUUCAAGGAUCGGGGCGAGGAGUUGGCGGCCGACCAGCUGCGCCAGUUGUCCGGCCAGUUGGGCACGCUGCGCGACAAACUGAAGGAGUUCGCCACGCGCCACAAGAACGAAAUCCGCAAGGAUCCCGAAUUCCGGCGCCAGUUCCAGGAGAUGUGCGCCACCAUCGGCGUGGACCCCCUGGCGUCCAGUAAGGGCUUCUGGAGUGAGAUGCUGGGGGUGGGGGAUUUUUACUACGAGCUGGGAGUGCAGAUUGUGGAGAUCUGCAUGGCCAACAACCACAAAAACGGCGGCAUAAUGGCUUUGGAUGAGCUUUUCCAGCGCCUGGUGAAGAGCCGCGGCCAGACCGGCGGCGAGCAGCUGUCCACCGACGACGUCCUGCGCGCCAUGGACAAACUGAAGAUCCUGGGCAACGGAUUCAGUCUGAUCAAGCUGCAGCGCGGCCGAAUGCUGGUACAGUCCGUCCCCGGUGAGCUGAGCCUCGACCAGAACCAGGUGAUGUUGGCCGCCCAGGAGACGGCGCACACCAGCGUGCGCCAACUGCAGACGUCGCUGCGCUGGCAGGAGGAGCGCGCCGCCAAAGUCCUGGAGGACAUGGUCACCGGCGGGAUGGCCUGGGUGGAUCUGGCGCAGCGCAGUGAACCCGUCUACUGGUUCCCCAGUCUCUUCAAUACCGGCACCGUCGCGCCUGAUUAGAAUGGACGCCGUUGUUCUGCAUUUGCGCCGGCAGCAGGUACCAAGAGUUCUGGACUUUCUCUCAGUGCUUUCAAACCGUUCCACAAUUUGUGUUGAAUUUUUACCAUGUUAAUGGCACGUAAAACGUUUUUUAAAAAGCUUCUUCCUGGAUUUGUAAUGGUUAAUUUUAUUCCGCUAACAAAAUCCAGAAUGGUUGAAUGAUUACAUUCUAGCUUUUCUGGAUACGUGAUGCUAUUAGUUUUGAAUACUUGUCAUUUUAGAUUGCUUUUACUGUAUUACGAAAUUUGAUGUACAGCACUGGUGAAUUUAAUGUUAAUUAAAUUUAAAGCUGCAGUAAGUUAUGUGAAUUAACAACGUUUUU